GGACAAUCGAAGAAAGUUCAAAAACCGAGAUCAAACCGUUUACGUCUGGAGUUCCGUUUCUCCCACCGAGUAGUGAAUUACUGGAAUUCUCUACCGGAACACGUAAUAUCAGCACGUAUUAGAAACUGCAAGGAUUAAUAUAGGUCGACAGACCUCCUAUCCUUAUUACUGAAGACUGAAGACUGACCUUGGACAUAAUUCAACUGAGGCGCUACAACAGCGUGCUUUAUAUCGAUGAAACCAGAAUCAGGCGGAAAUUUUAGAGGUGGACGCGGUAGAGGUGGUCAGAGGCAUAGUUUCGGUGGUGAGAAAAGCGUUGGUGAUGAAAGCCGAGGUGGAGGUAGAGGUGGACGUUUCAGUGAGAGAGGCGGGUUCAGAGGUGGACGUGGGGGUGACUUCGGUGGGCGUGGUAGAGGACGAGGUGACUUUGGUGGUCGAGGUCGUGGAGGUUUCAAUAGGGGGACACCUCGAGGGAGGGGUGGACGUGGAGGAAUGAGAGGAGGGAAAAAAGUGUUGAUAGAGCCCCAUAGACAUGAAGGUAUUUUUGUUGCUAAAGGCAAAGAGGACUGCUUGGUAACGAGAAAUGUUGUCGUCGGCGAGUCUGUUUAUGGUGAAAAGCGAAUCAGCGUAGAGGAUGACGCGGGUGGUAAAAUUGAAUACAGAGUGUGGAAUCCAUUUCGAUCGAAAUUAGCAGCAGGCAUAGUUAACGGGCUUGAUCAGAUCCAUAUCAAGCCAGGGAGUCGUGUUUUGUAUUUGGGAGCUGCUAGCGGAACUACUGUCUCUCAUGUUUCUGAUGUAGUCGGCGCAGAUGGAGUAGUUUAUGCUGUAGAAUUCUCGCAUCGUUCAGGACGUGAUCUUUUGAAUGUCGCUAAGCAUCGAACAAAUGUGGUUCCAAUAAUAGAAGAUGCUAGACAUCCUCACAAAUACAGGAUGCUUGUUGGUAUGGUGGAUUGUAUAUUUGCUGAUGUCGCUCAACCUGAUCAGUCUAGAAUAGUGGGGGUCAACGCCGAGUACUACUUAAAGAACGGAGGUCAUGCUGUUAUAUCCAUCAAAGCCUCAUGUAUUGACUCAGUUGCUGCUCCUGAGGUUGUGUUUGCAAAGGAAGUAGAUACUCUACGAAAAUUACAAUUCACUCCACGUGAACAGGUUACUCUUGAACCAUUCGAACGCGGUCACGCUAUGGUAACCGCUCAGUAUCGAAUACGUGUGGAUUGGUCCUACCCCUAGGCUUUGGCUUUCUCUCUUCUGCAGCAGAUCAAAUUAGUACAAUGUCGAUCGGUUAUGAUUAUUGUGGCAACCAACUAUCAUUGGAACCUAUAUACGUGAUUAAUGUUGACUCCACAUCAAGUUGAAAAGACAGUGAAAUAAACAGUAUUUUCUUAAGUCUAAACGAAACUGUUUAUACAUAUGAAUUAACGCACUUGCCGCAAGACCAGCUUUACUGAACCCACAGGACAUGGAAGCAGCACACAGAGACUUUCUCAUAGGUGUCACUUCACCAACGAAUGGAGAAAUCAGCAUGGCCAUCAGACAAAUCAAGAGUGGGAAGGCAGCAGGACCUGACAAUAUACUAGCUGAAGCACUGAAAUCAGAUAUAAAAGUGAUUGCAAACAUGCUCCACAUUCUAUUUAGGAAGAUUUGGGAAGAGGAACAAGUGCCCACAGACUGUAGAGAAGGUCAACUAAUCAGGAUACCAAAGAAGGGAGAUAUGAGCAAGUGUGGGAAAUACAGAGACACUACAAUACUAUAAGUACCCGGACAUGUUUUCAGUAGUGUUGUUCAACCGGAUGGAAGGUUCAGUAGACACCCAACUUCAAGACCAACAGGCUGGACUCCGUAAUGAUCGGUCGUGAACAGACCUACAACUGGAGAACAUAUGGAACUCAAAACAACUGCCAGCCAACACCAAAGUCAGAAUCCUCAAUGCGAACUUCAAGACAGUUCUACUGUACGGAGCUAAAACGUAAAGAACUACUACAAUCAUCGUCAAAAAGGUACAAGAAUUUAUAAACAACUGUCCACUGGGCGGAUACCAUCAGCAACAGCCCAAUGUGGUGGAGAAUAAACCAGCUUCCAAUUGAAGAAGAAAGUAGGAAAGACGUUGGAGGCGGGUAGGAUAUACAAUGCGGAAGUCAUCAGACUGCAUCACGAGACAAUCCCUAACGUGGAAUCCUGAAGGGUAGAGGAAAAGAAGACCAAGGAAUGCAUUGUGUCGGGAAUUGGAAGCGGACAUCAAAAGAGCAAACAGCAAUCGGAAAGGAUUGCCCAGGACAUGGUCGGAUGGAAGAUGUUGGUGGGCUGCUUAUGCUUCUCCACGAGGGGUAACAGACGUAAUUAAGUACUUUCGGCUGGUUAAAUACACCCAGAUUUGUGUAAGUUUUCGUUAGCAUGAAUGUAGCGAGAACAUAAAACAGAAGCAGGGUAAGUGAAUGUAAAAAAUAUGGUUUGUGAAACUCAGCCACUGUUGCUUUUAAUUGAUACAGAACUACUUACCAAACACAUGUUCGUGUCAGGUGGUCGUCAGCUUGAAACACUGGACCUGUGCUCCAGAUUAGUUGGGACGUCAACAAGGCAUCCCUUCAGUUGUGAAGGAACUGAUGCUUCUUGUGGGUUUUAGACCCAUGUUACCUAGCUUUACAGCCUGAGACGUUACUAUUCAGCUUUUAGGGCUUUAAUUGACACGCUACAAAACUGAGAUAUUUAUAAUUGAUUGAUUGCUGAGUAGUGACAAGUGUUACCCUUGUGUAGUAUUUUAGCUCUGACCGAAUUAUAACAAUCAAGUUGCAGCGUAGCCACCAGUCUGAGUGAUUCGACGUUGAGUAAGUUAUUGCGAAAUGUCAGGUGGUCGAAGGUAGUUGGAAGGAAACCGAAGACCCAGUUUUCGUGUUAUCUGGCGACGUUGAGUCACUUCGACUAUUGGCCGCAUUGUAACUUGACUAAUUAGCAUUACAGGAAUAAACAAACAUAAUAUUGGUCACUGAUCAGUCAAACGUACAGAUUUGUGUACUCGGCUUUUGUGUCAAGGCUAGAGAUAGUACCUGCCUAACCGAACAUUAAAGUGGAGUGGGAUUCGCAUUUGCAACCAUGUAGUUAAAGGUUAAGUAAUUUUAUCUUGGACCCGAUGGUAGCAACUAAAAACGAUUACUGAAAGCAAUCUAAUAAGCUAACUGUGAAAAUGACAAAAAAAUUAGACGAAUAACCAACUUGUGAGUUAUCAUCUAACUCCGGUAAGAAGUAGACGUCAUCGUUUGACUCGGCUUUACUGUCCUUACUGUAAACUGAUAAAUGAUUAUCGACAUCUUUAAUAUCCAAUCCAACAAAUUUUAAAAGGCUGGUCACUCGUUUUACAUAAACUGGAUGUAUUGAUAUGAGAUUCUCCUCAGAACUAAUUAUAUAUUCCUUUAUAUCUGGAAAUAAUUAGAUAGAAAUGAACACUUAUAUUUGUGUUUCUACUGUGCAGAUUAACAAGUGAAACGAACAAAAGUAAAUGAUAUCAUCAUUAUAAUGCACCACAAACACAUACAUAGUUUGAAAAGUCCUGACUUGCGUAAUCUCCCAGAGUCCAGCUAGAGUUCUAGAACACUCGCGCCUGAGCAUCCACGAAUGGUUAUCAUACUUUAGGGAACUGCAUUCAUGACUGUGAUGCGCCUUCCCACGAACAACAGCCCAGUAACCCUCAACAAAUUUACGAUAGACGAAGGCCGGACAUUAAGCAUUUGUUGGGCCCCUUCAGGAAAAUAUAUAACAAUAUUGACCAACAUACCAUCUCUAUCGAAUAGGCUGUGGGGAUUUGACGACUAUUUUACGACCAUUUCUCUAACAUACAAGUUUUAUAUACGGCUUCUGAUUCUUGUGGAAAUGCAAAUCAUGAACCGCACAAUAGUAGUAUGUUGCCUUUCGUGUACUGAUAGCGCUCUUUAACCCUUCAAGCGAUUGGAACGCUACCAUGUACAAUGUAGUGGAAAUAGACAUUAUCGGUGUCCGUGACGACAUUUGAAACGAUAGAGCUAGUACUUUGUAAGUUAUCAACGUUCGUAGUUUGGAGAAAAGGUGAACAUUGAAGGAAUAUUUACUCUUUACAUUACUUUUCAAAAAUUAAUAACCAGCAGCUACAAUUUUAAAACUAUUCAAGUCAUUUGACCAAACAAGAGAGAAAAUUUCUUCAAUGAAACAAGGCACAAAAAUUGCUAUGUUGUAGAUGAUAUUCUUCUUUCACAUUACAAAUAUCAUAUUUAACACACCCAUUAACAUAUACACGGCUAGAUCUCACCGGAAUAACAUAAUAUUACCAUGAUCAGACCUAUGUUAAUUUCGACGACUGAAAAUAUCCUACAUUGUGCCUUUUGCACUAUUCAAACUUCUAUUUAUUUUUAUUCUUCGAAGAAGUGAAUUACACUAAAUGACGAAACGUCGAAAGUGUAGUGUUUCUAGUUAUUAGGACUUUACAAAUAAAUUAUAUCAUAAAACUACAUGUUGGAUUCAAUGAUUUUGUGUUUUAAAAUAAACUGUUGACGAAAUUUAU